UUUUUGCCCUCCCCUCAGAACACUCCAAUUUUUUUUUCUUCUUCUACCGCUUCCACCUCAACACCUGGAGUGAAUCUUAUAAUUCUCUCCUUCUCUCAAAAUUUUUGUUUCUUUCAUCUCCAUUUUUCAUCGCCUUUUUUCUUCUACAUUCUCCUUCUUUUAUCACUAUGUCUGACGAAGUUUACGAAGGCGCCAUUGGUAUUGACCUUGGCACAACCUACUCCUGCGUUGCCAACUAUGAAGGCACCAACGUUGAAAUCAUUGCCAACGAGCAGGGUAGCUACACAACUCCAUCCUUCGUUUCUUUCACCGAGAAGGAGCGCUUGAUUGGUGAGGCCGCAAAGAACCAGGCGGCUAUGAACCCGAGGAACACUAUCUUCGAUAUCAAGCGUCUUAUCGGCCGUCGGUAUGAGGAUCCUAUUGUCAAGAAGGAUGUCGAAUCGUGGCCCUUCAAGGUUGUUGAUCAAGGUGGAAACCCCGCCGUUGAGGUUGAAUACCUUGGGGAGACGAAGACUUUCACUCCCCAGGAGAUUUCCUCCAUGGUUCUGCUGAAGAUGAAAGAAGUUGCCGAGACAAAGCUCGGAAAGAAGGUUGAAAAGGCAGUCAUCACUGUGCCAGCCUACUUCAACGACAACCAGCGUCAGGCGACCAAGGAUGCCGGUGCCAUCUCGGGCCUUAACGUCCUUCGUAUCAUCAACGAACCCACUGCUGCUGCCAUUGCCUACGGUCUUGGCUCCGGAAAGUCCGACAAGGAACGCAAUGUCCUUAUCUAUGACCUCGGUGGUGGUACCUUCGAUGUGUCCCUGUUGAACAUUCAGGGAGGUGUCUUCACUGUCAAGGCUACCGCUGGUGAUACUCACCUUGGUGGACAAGAUUUUGAUACCAACUUGCUUGAACACUUCAAGAAGGAAUUUCAGCGUAAGUCUGGAAAGGACCUCUCGGGUGACCCUAGAGCCUUGCGUCGCCUGAGAACAGCUUGUGAGCGUGCGAAGCGCACCCUGUCCAAUGCCACUCAGACGACUGUCGAGAUUGAUUCUCUGUUUGAUGGAGAGGAUUUCAACUCCUCCAUCACCCGUGCUCGUUUCGAGGAUCUGAAUGCCAAGUCUUUCUCUGGUACCCUUGAGCCAGUGCAGCAGGUUCUCAAAGACUCUGGUCUUGAGAAGAGCAAGGUUGAUGAGAUCGUGCUUGUUGGUGGUUCUACUCGUAUCCCACGCAUCCAGAAGCUUCUUAGUGACUUCUUCGACGGAAAGAAGCUUGAGAAGGUGAGUUUUUCUUCUUUUUUCCAACUUGGUUGACUCCUGCAUGAAAGGCAUCGGCUGAUCAAGAUUUAUAGAGCAUCAACCCUGAUGAAGCUGUUGCCUACGGUGCUGCCGUCCAGGCUGGUAUUCUCUCUGGAAAGGCUACUUCUGCUGAGACUCAGGACCUUCUGUUGCUUGACGUUGUUCCUCUCUCUCUUGGUGUUGCUAUGGAGGGUAACAUCUUUGCCCCUGUGGUGCCUCGUGGACAGACUGUCCCUACCAUCAAGAAGCGUACUUUCACCACUGUCGUGGACAACCAGACUACUGUCCAGUUCCCCGUAUACCAGGGUGAACGCACUAACUGUGCAGACAACACUUCUCUUGGAGAGUUCACCUUGGCUCCUAUUCCCCCCAUGAGAGCUGGCGAAGCUGCCCUUGAGUGUGUCUUCGAAGUUGAUGUCAACGGUAUCCUUAAGGUCACCGCAACUGAGAAGUCUUCCGGUCGUACUGCAAACAUCACUAUCUCGAAUGCCGUUGGUAAGCUCUCUACCACGGAGAUUGAGCAAAUGAUCGACG